UAUGAUAGACGGGGCAUGCACUAUAUAAGCAUAGGUACCCUGUCAACGUUCUCAUCCACCUAUACCAAUACCCACACCUUCUUUUCCUUCCUCACAGAAAUACACACCAUCCAUCAAUGGCUACCACUAAAGUUUACAUUGUUUACUAUUCUAUGUACGGACACGUUGAGAAGCUAGCUGAAGAGAUUAAAAAAGGAGCGGCUUCAGUUGAAGGAGUAGAAGCAAAGCUAUGGCAGGUACCUGAAACACUGCCUCAAGAGGUCCUUGGGAAAAUGGGUGCACCUUCAAAGAGUGAUGUACCAGUUAUUACACCCAAUGAACUACCUGAGGCUGAUGGCUUGUUGCUUGGUUUCCCCACAAGAUUUGGACUAAUGGCUGCUCAAUUCAAAGCUUUCCUGGAUGCAACUGGAGGCCUAUGGCGCACGCAGGCACUAGCUGGAAAGCCCGCAGGAAUCUUUUACAGCACUGGUUCUCAAGGAGGUGGACAAGAGACUACUCCGUUGACAUCUAUCACUCAGCUGGUUCACCAUGGGAUGAUUUUUGUGCCCAUUGGUUACACAUUUGGUGCUGGUAUGUUUGAGAUGGAGAAUGUGAAGGGUGGAUCCCCAUAUGGUGCAGGUACCUAUGCCGGGGAUGGAUCCAGACAACCUACUGAGUUGGAAUUGGCUCAAGCUUUCCAUCAGGGGAAGUACUUUGCUGGCAUUGCUAAGAAACUCAAGGGAUCUCAGUGAUCUUUAUACUCCCCCGUUUGAUGUUUCUACAUACUUAAGCAAAAGAGUGAUGUGCAUCAUAUUCAGUUUCCAGUUACUAUAAUAUCGAACAGAAUAAGAUGUUAAUUAGAAAGAAUGAGAGAGAGAAAAUAAUCAAUAUUUGGGUUCAAUAUUAUUGUGUUGUCAUAAUGUAUCCUCAAAUACAAUGUUAUUGUUAAUAACAAGAGUUUGGCAAUUGUUACUAUUUUGAUUGA